AAAUGAUGUCACGGCGCUGAAUUGUGACCAGCACUAUGGAUACGAGGACGCCGCUGGUUGACUUGGCGUCACCUCAUUGUUAUGGUAUCUAAAAGAGCCCGCUUGAUGAUGUGGAAUCGCACUGGGACCAGGAGUUCGGUGCUGGAGAGGGCGCAGGCGCAGCUCUCGGGGCAGAGAUUUUUUAAUAAGUCGGAGGACAAGUCAACUGAUGAGCUUCAGGAAUACAUGGAUGCCCUGGUCAAGAAGAAAAACAUGUUGCAAGUGAGACGCACGUACGAUGAUCUGAGCGACAUCUCCUCAGAUGACCGAGUGAGCGAGCAUGAUCGUCCUGUGACUGGCCUUGCUGGGGAAAGACUGCUGGACAUUCUGACGGAAAGGCCAAGGGGCGACGCGGGAAGCAGGUUCCUCAAGAAAGCGCCACCGCGUGCCGUGGCCUGUAGCCAGUCACCGACGCUCACCAGGGCCGGCGCGCAGACGGAAGCGUCCAGAAGCGUGGCUUCCUCGCGGCGAGGCUCGCAGAGUGCGGCCCUGAGCCGACUGGCGCUUAUCGAGGACCGCUUCAGAAACCGCUUUCAGGCCAAGGAAGGCCAGGUCGCAGACACACCAGCCCUGGAGGAGACGCCCCUGUCCACUCAGUCUAGCAGUGAGCAGAGUAUGCUGGGAAGCCGUUUCCUCAAGAAGAAGAAGAGCGCUCCUGUUGCCCAGCGGCUGGAGCAGGUCAAGGCUAGCAGGCCAAGCGCUCCUCAACUGAGCUUCUCUGGUAAGGGCGUGAGUCUGGACAGCGAUGAGGAGGACAUGAAGAGGCUCCUUGGAGGCCCCCUUGAUUUGUCUGAUGAGAGCUUGCCAAAGAAAGACGAACUCCUUGCUCAGGAGAGUCCCCGUCCUGCUAAAAAGUUGUACUUGAAAAGCAGUCAGAAGCUCACUCCAGCACACACCCCCUCCGCUGGCAGAAGGCCUCCGUCGAGAGCAAAAUCCCGAUCGCCCUCCCCCCCCAGCCGGGGGUCCCCCCUACGGAUUGGCCUCCGAGCACAGACCCUGAGGAGCCCUUCCUAUUCGGUGAGAAGCUCCUCCACGGUUCUCUCUCCGACCCCUUCCCCUCCGAACUUCCCCUCUCCUGGAAGAAGGACCGCGUCCCCCCGGGUCAAGUUCCUGAGGCGCUCUCAGUCUUCCGUUUCGGCGCCCAGCGAAAUCCGCUCGUUAGACGAGCUCUUCCCGGAUGCCCCGCCCUCCGAUGACACAAUCAGUGAGAAAAGCGAGUCGUCGGAUGAGUUCAAGAUUAACAUUAUGAGUCUGGACGACCUUGUUCCAGACACUUUGGGAGCAACUCAGAAACCAGUAGAAAAGAAAAAAACUAAGGAAGACUCAGCCAAGAAGACAGGAUCCCCAUCGCUCAGCUUAAACGUGGUGCUUGCUGAUGACACUUUGGGCGAGGCAGAGCUCUGGCCAGCUGACGCCGAAGUGGAGUACGAGAGUGACUUUGAGAGCGAGAUACAGACCGAGGCGGACCAGAGCGCCAGCGAGAUCUCCGAGCACCUCGGACAGGGGGACAGGGACGCGUCCGCGGCCUCGGAGGUCCAGGACGGGUCCAGGAGAGCCUGGGAGAGUAAGUCCGAGAGAUCGGCGUCGUACUCCUCCCGGACAGAGGGCGACCGAUCUGACAGAUCGCGCGGUGACAGCAGGAGGGGUUCGUAUUCGCGAUCGUCCACCUCCGCUUCCCGCUCCGACACCGUCACGCCGCCCCGCGCGCGACGAACAGCCCGCCAGGCGGUGCGAGAGGCUGGGGUUCAGACGCAGACGGAUGGCCUCUCCUACACCUGGACCUCAGGUUGGGCCGCUUUGGGUCCCUCUGUCGGAAUGGCUCACGUGGACCCCACUCCAAUCGCAAGUCACGUGGUCAGCGCAGAGGCAGUGGAAGCCCUGACAGCUUACAGUCCUGCGGUGUUCGCACUCAACGACAUGUUGAGACAGCAGCUGACCCUGACCAGGCAGAUUAUGGAGGUCAGCAGCCACCUCCACGCCUCACUGCUCGAGUCCCUGGGCCCUGCUAACUACAGCUACACCACCCUGGAGGACACGAAGGAGUUCAUACGUCGUCACAAGUCUCCCAGCCUGACGGUGGAAGAGGCCCUGGAGGAGGUGCUCCAGGAGAUGAGAGAGUACCACUACAUCUGACCCAGAGCAGGCCUGCUUAACGGAGGGAUUUUUCACCCAGAAACGGUGGUUAUUCCUUAAUGUUUUUCACCUUAAGAAAUGUCACAGUGCCCUCAACUAUGAGUGGCCAUUGCCGGGUCAAAAGCCAUUUCAGAAGGCACAAAAAUGAUUUACAUUUAUUUUUAGGGGGAAAUGAUUCCUUUAAAAUGUUUGGGAGAAUGUGUGCAAGCCUACAAAUUAAUUUAGAUUUUAAACUCUGUUCAGCUGAAUUUACACUGUACUGUACAUAAGCAUGGAUGAAUACCAUGUUUAUACAAAUGUAACUUCAUAUUUUUGUAUUUUUCUGUAUUCAUGAAUUUUUGCACAAGUAUUUUUUUAAUACAGAAACUUUGCUCACAGAAUAA